GGCUGCAGCGCCAACCUCGAGCGGGCGGGGCGCCGCCGCGAGCCCCAGCUGGCCCACGGCGACGUCGCUCCGCUGCGUGCUGCUGGAAGCCUGCAAAGCCAAACACCAGCUGCGGAGAGGCUCGCUCCCGUUGGCGCCUGUGAUUGGCUGAGAUCGAGGGCCCGGGCGGCCGACCAGCCGUCUAGUCGAGCGCCGACUGGCUGGAUUUGCUGUCAGUCAGCGGGAACAGAUUUCUCUCUCUCCAUCUGGUCAACUGCGGGAGAGAAAUUUUCGAGAAUUUCCAGCAGGCGAGGCAGUGGCCGCUUUGACUGCUUGCUCCGGAGAUCCGAGACCACUGAGAAGGCACUCGUAUUUACCGACCAAGAAAGCCCCUCCCCUUCCCUCCAUUAGCUAAUUAAAACACUUUUCAGGGACUUAGCCAUCCAGAGACAUUCUAUUAUUGUUCCAUUGACCUUUCCCUCAUCACUGAGUCCUUUGGAGCUGAGUUAUGUCAACAGCUGCCUUAAUUACUUUGGUCAGAAGUGGUGGGAACCAGUUGAGAAGGAGAGUGUUGCUAAGCUCCCGCUUGCUGCAGGACGACAGGCAGGUGACACCCACGUGCAACAGCUCCACUUCAGAGCCUAGGUGUUCUCGGUUUGACCCAGAUGGUAGUGGGCGUCCAGCUACCUGGGACAGUUUUGGGAUCUGGGAUAACCGCAUUGAUGAGCCAAUUCUGCUGCCACCCAGCAUUAAGUAUGGCAAGCCGAUUCCCAAAAUCAGUUUGGAAAACGUGGGCUGUGCCUCACAGAUUGGCAAACGGAAAGAGAAUGAAGAUCGGUUUGACUUUGCUCAGCUAACAGAUGAGGUCCUGUACUUUGCAGUAUAUGAUGGACACGGUGGACCUGCAGCAGCUGAUUUCUGUCAUACCCACAUGGAGACAUGUAUUACGGAUUUGCUUCCUAAGGAGAAGAACUUGGAAACUGUGUUGACCUUGGCUUUUCUCGAAAUAGAUAAAGCCUUUUCAAGUCAUGCCCGCCUGUCUGCUGAUGAUGGAUCUGGUGACCAAAUGCUGAAAUACACUACAGGCUCUUUCUCUGCUCUCCCAUGUGUUGCAGCAACUCUUCUGACCUCUGGGACUACUGCAACAGUAGCCCUAUUGCGAGAUGGUAUUGAACUGGUUGUAGCCAGUGUUGGGGACAGCCGGGCUAUUUUGUGCAGAAAAGGAAAACCCAUGAAGCUGACCAUUGACCAUACUCCAGAAAGAAAAGAUGAAAAAGAAAGGAUCAAGAAAUGUGGUGGUUUUGUGGCUUGGAAUAGUUUGGGGCAGCCUCAUGUAAAUGGCAGGCUUGCAAUGACAAGAAGUAUUGGAGAUUUGGAUCUUAAAACCAGUGGUGUCAUAGCAGAACCUGAAACUAAGAGAAUUAAGCUACAUCAUGCUGAUGACAGCUUCCUGGUCCUCACCACAGAUGGAAUUAACUUCAUGGUGAAUAGUCAAGAGAUUUGUGACUUUGUCAAUCAGUGCCACGAUCCCAAUGAAGCAGCCCAUGCAGUGACUGAACAGGCAAUACAGUACGGUACUGAAGAUAAUAGUACUGCAGUAGUAGUGCCUUUUGGUGCCUGGGGAAAAUAUAAGAACUCUGAAAUCAACUUCUCAUUCAGCAGAAGCUUUGCCUCCAGUGGACGAUGGGCCUGAUUACCAGCUGGGACUUUGAGUUUCUGUGCCGAAGUUUUUCACUGAGCAUGUCAAGAAACUGAUGAGAUCAGAAAAGUCUCCUGUAUCUGGGUGACCCUGUGACUCACUAGAUCAGUGCCCAAGUCAGUGUAAACUUAACCACUUAGUUUUCUUCAUAAAUACUCAUCAUAUUUGUGUUCAGCUGUGGGUGCUCCGUGUAAAUAUGUGUGUAGUGAUGCUACUGUGAGUCUUUAAAUUGAAAGCGCAAAUAAGAAGUGGUUUGGAUACACUUGAUGAGAGAUGAGAGUGUUGCAUUAAUAAUUUUUAAGACUCUUAGGCAGCUAUGGGUUUUUUUGAUCAUUUUUGUUCUUCAUUCAUUUGAACAUGUUUUGAAGUUCUUCAGAACUAGUCAGUUUGAAUUUUGACAGCUGUUCAAUAUGUGAUCUCCAAGUUAAAAAAAAAAUUUCCAGGCUUCCCUAAUUC